CGGAGCAGGUUUCCGGGCGGACCGGGCCUGGGGACCGAGUUUGCCGCCGCACCGAGCGGAGCGGCCGGCCGGAGCAGAGAGGGAGCUGGUUGGGUGUCGCCAUGAGCCGCCUGCAGGAGGACGAUGAUCCCUACGUGAUCGAGGAGCCCAGCGAUGAGGAGCCGGGGCAGAGCAGCUCAGAAGAUGAAGUGGAUGUGCUUUUAUAUGGCACUCCCGAUCAGAAGCGCAAACUGAUAAGGGAGUGCCUUACUGGAGAAAGUGAAUCUUCAAGUGAAGAUGAGUUCCAAAAGGAAAUGGAGGCGGAACUAAACUGCACCAUGAAAACUAUGGAGGGCAAGUGGAAGUCACUAGAAACAGGUACUUCCUCAAGUACUGGACAAGCUGGAACAGUCACCACUACAAAGUACUAUGACGACAUUUAUUUUGACUCUGAUUCGGAGGAUGAAGAUAAAGUAGGUACACAGGCGGCCAGGAAAAAAAAGAGACAUCAGCAGCGCCGGAUUCCUACUAACGAUGAGCUACUCUAUGAUCCAGAAGAAGAUGAUCGAGACCAAGAGUGGGUGGACUCUCAGAGACGAGGGUACCAAAAUAUAAGAAGAACUCAGCAGCAGCAGUCCAAACCUCCAGCCAUUCCAAACAGUGAUGCUGUUUUGAACUGCCCUGCUUGCAUGACUACAUUGUGCUUUGACUGUCAGAGACAUGAAUCCUACAAAACACAGUACAGAGCAAUGUUUGUGAUGAACUGCUCAGUUAACAAAGAAGAGGUUCUAAAAUACAAAGGCCCAGUGAACAAGAAGAUAAAGAAAGGGCAUAAGAAAAUGAAACACAGCAACGAGAUCACCACUGUGCAAGCAAAUCAGGAAGAGGAGGAAGUAUAUCAUCCAGUCAAAUGUACCGAAUGUUCAACUGAAGUGGCAGUCUUGGAUAAAGAUGAAGUUUUCCAUUUCUUCAAUGUUCUAGCAAGCCACUGUUAAUGUGGAAAAACAGCUGUGCUGUUUAAGACUGUAUGAAAUUUCAAAAAUGUGGACAAUAUUUUAUCCUUUUUAAAAA